AGAUGACCUUUAAAUCCAUCCUAUCGCGUGAACCAUCUACACGAGACUAUUCAUGACUAACUUCAACGACAAUGUUCUAAGACUUUUUGAUACCUAUUAUACUUGCGACUAUGAAACUUACAAAGAAGUACGUGUGUUUACCUGAGCUGAGUUAUUUGGAAAUAUUGAAUUUUACACACCUCAGUUUGACACCCGUAUAAAUCACCCACCAGGUCGACUCCUGUUGGUAUCACGGGUCAUCUAGAGUUACAUAUCUAGAUUUAUACACACCCUCUUGGUUAUAUCGUAUUUUGUUGCCUUUUUCCUUUACACCGCCUUUAUUUCUACAUAUUAGGCUGCGUUUUGUCGUAGGAAUUCCUACCUAAAUCGACACAAAUCCGCAUUCCAAUCACGAUACUAUCCUACAAGAGCCUCAUCCUUAAUCCGACUCUUAGCUAGCAUUCACGAAGGCGACAACGUAUCACGUUGGUGUGGAGGUGCUGGGUUGUACAACGAUCCUUGGUACCACAAUAAGGCCACAUACCUACCCUACGAAUCCCACCUAUUUAGACACCUAAGUGGACAGUCGCUAUGAGUACCGAACCUCAUGAUCUGGACCUCUUCCCGGAAGGUUUACGCGGAAAGCGUAUCCUUCUAUGUACUGAAAGCCUCGGUCCCGUAAAUGGCGUUUCACGUACGACCAAGAUGUUGGUAGAUCAGUUACGAUCUAAUGGAGCACUUGUCUCGGUAGUGGCGCCGUACAAUCAUACCAAAGUCAACACUUUCAAUCCGAUUCGCUCUUCAAGGAAUGCAGACCCUUUAUUUCACGAGGAAGUCCGACUAACAGGGUACCCUCUACCAUUCAACCCCGAGCUUUCGGUGGCAUAUCCCGUACGGCUUUCCGAAUUAUAUAGGCGGACCUUCGGAGCGCCACCGGACCUCAUUUACUUGGCUAGUCCCGCAUCCCUAGGAUUCCAAGUUAUGCUUCAGUUACGUCAGCAUAGCAAGGAGUUCCAAGUGCCUGUCAUCUGCAAUUUUCAGACUGACUUGGCAGGGUAUUGCUCUCUUUUAUUCCCUUGGCCCCUAGGGGAUAUCGCGAAUCGAGUUUUUGGAUAUGUGCAGGGUUACCUCUUCCGACACACAUCGGUGAAGACCGUCUUUUACCCUAGUACAUUCGUCAAGUCAUACCUAACUCAAGUCGCAAACGUUCCGAGCGAUAAGAUGGAGGUGUUGAGGCGAGGUGUCGACACGGAGGGCUUCAACCCGGCUAAGCGAAGCGAAGAAUUACGAGAACAGUGGGCACCAAAUGGUGAGCCUAUUUUAUUCACCUGUUCGCGAUUAGCGGGUGAGAAGGGUUUCGGGUUUCUUGCAGAGGCAGCUAUAGAGCUUGAUAAGAGAGGGAUGGAGUUCAAGCUCGUUGUUGUUGGCGGGAACCGAAACCCCAUUGUUGAACGAGAAGUAAAGGAAAUGUUUGGACCACUAGAGGAAAAAGGAAAGGUCAUCUUUGCUGGAUUUAAAGUGGGAGAGGAUUUAAUGACGCAUUACGCUUCGGCUGAUAUCUUUCUGCACUGCUCCAUUACCGAGACAUUCGGGUUGGUGGUUUUAGAGGCAAUGGCCAGUGGUGUGCCAGUAAUUGCACGAGACGAAGGCGGACCCAGCGACAUCAUAGAGCACGGCAAGACUGGAUUUCUUGUACGACCUAACGAUCUUUCCGGCUUCGUGGAGAAAGUACUUAAGCUUGGCCGCGACACGGUACUUCGCAAGGAAUUUUCCGCGGCAGCUCGCUCAUUUGCUUGCGAGGCUACGUGGGAAAGGAUAAGUAACAAAGCAGCCUGGCAGAUGUUCGACACGAUUGAGCAAUUCGAAAAGAACCAGGUUGCUAGCACUUCAACGACGCGGAUCCCUUUUAUGGGGUGGCUGCUCCUAAGUGCCCCGGUGCAACAAUUUCUUCUUUGGAAGGUGACUAAAGCGAAACUGGCUUUUGCACUUUCAAUUAUUAUCAGCUUUUGGGCCGUGGUGGGGAGCUACCUCGUUUUCGCAGACGUCGGACAUUUGGUUAAGACUCAUGUUCCCCGGGCCUAUGCUUUGACCAAGUCCAUAAGUCGAAAGUAGGGACAGCAAGAGUUGCAGUCAUCUAGGGAAUGAGCGGGGUCUUGCUUGUCUCUUUGGCGAGAUCACCUAUAAUCACCACAAUUCUCUUUUUACUAAUGUUUCAAUCUUUUGCUUUUUAUUAUACCCAAUUUGAUUCCUUUAUCUGAUGGGUUGUCGAUCAAUGGCUAUAUUGGUGUUGC